CAACAGCAGCAACAACAGUUAGUCAGACACCUGGGUAGCUUGCUAGACAAAUAGCCCAACCAAUAUUGCUCUUUAGACGCUUUAGUGUAUUUUAGCCACUGUGUUUUAAACCCACUCCUGUCGUCUAGUUAGUUAUCCGAUUUCAUUUCAUAUUUACAGUUGUUGUUAUUAGUCAGCUAGCGGUCUGGUUAAGUUAGCAUUAGCCUAGCUAACAUCCUCGACCAUGCGGUCACUAAGCUACUCUCCUGAUGAAGAGGAGGAAGAUAUCACAGUAAAACAAGAAGUAGAGGGCGAGGCCGUUACUGUGAAAGAGGAGGGGGAUGUUACAGUAAAAGGAGAGGCGGAAGAGAAAGAGGGUAUGUGGCUGAACAUUGUCGUGAAAGAGGAGGAGGGAGAGAAGGAUGUUACAAUACAAAAACAAGUAGAGGGUGAGGCUGUUACAGUGAAAGAAGAGGGAGACGCGUUCAGAGUGAAAGAGGAGGAGGAUGUUACAGUAAAAGGGGAGGAUGAAGCAGUUUAUGGAGUGAAAGAGGAGGGGGAGAUGACUGCUACAUCGGAAGAGGAGGAGGAAACUGGAUAUCUCGGCCCAGUUUCCCAAACGCAUCUUAAGGCAUCCAAUGGUUCUAACAAUGAAUUUAGCCAUAAAAUGGUUUUGAGAAACCGUUCCCGGAUUAACACUAGAGAGAGACGGGACUAUUGUGGAUCCUCUGGGGAGCCUCAACAACCUCAUGAUGCUUACGGGGCAGAGAAGAGUCUCUCCAGAUCAGAACACCUCAGGAAACGCCUGCAGAGACCCACAGGGAAGAUAACUCACUGCUGCUCUGACUGUGGGAAGAGAUUCACCUCAUCAGGCAUUAAACUUCAUCAGAGAGCACACACAGGAGAGAAACCUUACAGCUGUGUUCAAUGUGGCAAGAGUUUUGGUCAAUCUGGCCAUCUGACUCAACAUAGGAGAAUACACACAGGGGAGAAAUCUUAUAGCUGUGAUCAAUGUGGGAAGAGUUUUGGUCAAUCUGCAGAGCGGACAGUGCACCAGAGAACACACACAGGAGAGAAACCUUACAGCUGUGUUCAAUGUGGGAAGAGUUUUGGUCGAUCUUGCCAUCUGACUCAACACAAGAGAAUACACACAGGAGAGAAACCGUUUAGCUGUGAUCAAUGUGGGAAGAGUUUUGGUCACUCUGGAGAGCUGACAGUGCACCAGAGAGCACACACAGGAGAGAAACCUUACAGCUGUGUUCAAUGUGGGAAGCGUUUUGGUCGAUCUGGCCAUCUGACUAGACACCAGAGAAUACACACAGGUGAGAAAUCGUACAGCUGUGUUCAAUGUGGGAAGAGUUUUGGUCAAUCUGGCCACUUGACUCAACACCAGAGAAUACACACAGGAGAGAAACCUUAUAGCUGUGGUCAAUGUGGGAAAAGAUGUACAACAUCUGGCUCUUUGACUCUACACCAGAGGACACACACAGGAGAGAAAUCUCAUAGCUGUGAUCAGUGUGACAAGAGAUACUCUGAUAAAAGAUCUCUGAUCAAACAUCAGAAAAUACAUACAUGAAGGUGUUGUUUCGUGAUAUCAAUGAAAUGAUGUCACAAUAUAGAAUAUUUAAACAUUGUAGUAGGAGUAUUUUUAAGGAAUUUCACAAUGUAGAACCCUAAACGUUUGCCUCAUUGAAUUGAUUUCAGCGUAAUAUGGAUAUUAGCCUCGGGGGAAAUCCAGGCUCUGAAUUGAAAGAGUACUAUUUAUGUGACUUAACAAAAAUUGAUUCACAAAAAAAGAGCUGUGUUACACUUAUCAUGUUGGUGACCCGCUUGAAUCAAAAUACAACACUUAAAUGCAGCUAGCUGUUUUCUACAAAUUGUCCUCUAACCAGUGAUGUACACAUUAUUCCCAGAUUCCGUGUGGUUUUUGAGCUGUUAGUUUUAACAGGACGUGCAACCUCAUCUCCCUCCUCUCGGCACAAUUGAUUUCAACAUGAUAUCGAGGAGUGAUGACAAAUAAGUGUUGCGUUCCUUUGUUUAGCGACCCCUAAAUUGAAAUGCAUCACUCCAAAAUGUAGCUGACUGUCUUCGGCAGGUUGUCCUCUAACCAAUGAGCUAAAAGAUCUCCUAUUUCUAUGUGAUUUUUUAGUUGUUAGUUUCAACAGCAUGUACAACCUGAUUUCCCCUCUAAUCGAUAUCAGUGAUUUAUUGCAACUUGUCAAAACCACAGCGUUUUUUGUGCUUGUGUCCAUGGUGAGGACAACUUCGUUUCUGAUUGUCUCAAGGUGUGGCAGUCAAAAGUUUUGUUUUGCGUUUAGCCAGUGAGUUGACAUUUUAUCUUUUUUUGACUGCACGUUUUUCCGUUUUGGAGUUGAGUUUUGUUUGGGCUUGUUCCAAGUGGACGAGAGUUCUAGAAGCAAGUGAGUUUUAGGAAGACGAGAGUUCUAGAAGUGAGUGAGUUUUAGGAAGGGAAAAAAUAAACUUUUCUUGUUUUUAAUUGUUGAUAGGCAGAAGACACCAUAUUUAAAUUGAUGAAGGUGAAGCAUUGUAGUUGAUUAGAAUGUGAAAUGGAAGUUGUUUUCUGUUGGUGGUGAGCAUUCUCUUAACCUGUUACGACUAGACAUUCCGCUACAUCCCGAUGAAAUUGCAGAAUGCGAAAUUCAAAGAAAUUAUUUGAAAAAUUUAACUUUUUCAAAAAAUCACAAGUGUAAUACAUCAAAAUUAAGCUUAACUUCUUGAUAAUUCAGCCACCGUGUGUCAGCUUUCAAAAAGGCUUUACGGCAAAAGCAAAUAAGCGAUUAUCUGAGGACAGCUCCCCAUCAUACAAAUGCAUGACAUGACAACAUUUUUCAACCAGGGAGGUGCGACACGAAAGUCAGAAAUAACAAUAUAAUUCAUGCCUUACCUUUGAAGAUCUUCUUCUGUUGUCACUCCAAAAUGUCCCAGAAAC